UGUGACUGUGCUGUGUGUUGCAGUCAGGCAGUUAGUGUGACAGUAGCGGGGUGUCUGAGGUGUUCGGUGUUGCUCCAGCUGCUGUUGGGUUAGGCCAGUGAUGGAUCGCUCUCUGUACCGUGUGACGCUUUGCCUGCUCGGACUGGGGCUCUUGCAAUCAAAAGCUUUUGAAGUGAAAGUAACAGAUGGUUCCAAUAACACCUGCAUAUAUGCCAACAUGAUGGUGAACUUCAUAGUACAAUAUGAAACCAGCAACAACACAUACGAAAAUGUAACCCUUCCAGCAAAUGGUACAGUAAACACUGAUGGUAGCACAUGUGGGGCCAGCGGAAAAGCUCCUUUGCUCAAUGUGGAUUUUGGAAACUACACAUGGAGUCUGAACUUCACCAAAAACGAGGUCACUUACAGUGGUGAUGUGAUCACAUUCACAUACAACACUGAUGAUGCCAAGUUGUUUCCUGAUGCUCAAAGAAAAGGGAAUUUGACGUCAACUGUUUCGUAUUCUGAGCCAAUACCAUUGAAUGCAACCUUCAAAUGCUUACAUCGCGAAGUUGUGGUUGCAGGAAAUGUCACACAGUUAUUUUGGAAUGUAACACUGCAAGCAUACGCUCAGAAUGUUACACGUAGCACAGACGUCCAUUGCAGUGCUGAUAAUCCUACUACCCAAGCUCCAACUACCCAUCUAAUAACUACGCCCAACACCACAACAACCGCCCCGACACCUACGCCUAAACCUAUGGACAAGCCAGCAAUUGGCAACUAUUCUGUCUCAAAUGGUACAGAAACGUGUCUGCUGGCCUCCUUGGGUCUACAGCUCAAUGUCUCCCUAAGUGUUGAAACAAAGACUGUAUGGACUCUGAUCGACAUUAACCCCAACAACACUCAUGGUUCUGGAAGCUGUGGUAAUGACACUGCCAUUCUAAGGCUCAAUGACAACAACCAUACACUUGUAGAAUUUUAUUUCUCCAUUAAAAAAAAAAGCUUUUACCUUCAAGAAAUGAAUGUGACCAUAACAAAUGUUUCCGGUAUUACAGUUCAAAGAGCAAAACAAAAUCUAAGCUUGUGGGAAGCAUCUUUAGGAAACUCUUACCUCUGUCGCAAGGAGCAGCUUGUCACUGUAUCUGAUGACCUGUACAUCAAUACUUUUGACGUAAGAGUUCAGCCCUUCAGUGUAAAGAAUGCAACGUAUGCUACAGCUUCUGAAUGUUCCUUCGAUGACGACUCCAUUUUAAUUCCAAUCGUAGUUGGUGCUGCACUUGCAGGCCUAAUUGUCAUUGUUGUGAUUGCUUACUUAAUUGGCAGAAGAAAGAGCUAUGCUGGAUAUCAAACCUUAUAAUUGCCCCUCAAAACAGGCCUGAUAUGCACUUGCCCACUUUUUUUUUUUUUCCAUUGUUUUUGUGCAGAUUAAUAUAAAACCAAUUUCCCAUUUGACUCCGAUCAGCCAGAUUUGAGUAACCUGUAGUUCUACAGCUGUUGUGGAACUACAAAUUCCAUCAUGCCCUGACAGCAUAUGUUUUCUAAAAAGCUGGCUGGCCAUAGUUGCAGUUUUAAAAUGUACCCUAAGUUACUUCUAAUGCUGCUAAAAUAUAGGUGGGGGCCACUUGAUAGAUAGGUGGGGGCCACUUGAUUUUCUUUUUACACAUAAGCCUGCACCAUGUUAGAUGUGAAGCUUGUCCUGUAUCAUUCCACAAGUUUGGACAUUCAUAAUAAACACCUGGAUGAUAUGUAGAGCUGUACAUCUUUCAGUUAAAGGGCAUUGACACCACUAAGAGUUCAUUUUUAUUACGUAUACCCACUUCGUGGUCUGCAACCAUUGUUGGGUUUGUGCGUGAUUCUUUGUCCCUGUCAAAUUUGAAAUAGAUUCUGUAGGUAUAGUAUAGUCAGAUGGUGACAUGUUACCGCUUGCUACAUUGUGCUUUCUAUUACAAAGUGUGUCAGGCUGGUAUAGUGUGUGUGAAGGAUAUAGUAAUGGUUAUAGAACCACUUUAAAUUAAAUUAUAGACCGUGUGUAAUCCUAGAUCAUAUGCAAAACUCGACAGUAAGCUAAAUUGAAUUCUGUAAUAUUAUUGAAAAUACUGACCGAACAAGAAAUCUAAUAUGAAAUGUCCAUACUUUAAGGAUGUUUCUUUACAACACUACUUGUCCAGAUAUCUAGAUUUAUAUUUUUGUCUCAUGGCCCCUCCAGCUUACAUUUUAAAUGUAUUCAAACAAUUAUUGUACAGAAUGUCAUUUUAAAUCCCCUUUCUUAACCUGUGGACAGUAUUACAUAUGAACCUUGGCCAUUUGCCUAAAGUAGAGGUAGAAAUUGACAGUAAACCAUGAUAGUGCUUGAAUUUGGGACUUUUAGUUGAGGAUGGAUAUCCUACACAAAUCCCACUUGGGACUAUUCUGUUAGAUGUGUAAUGGGCACCGUGUAGUCUGGGCAAAAGUAGGUGAGUGUAACCCCAAGCUAAAAUUUGUCUUAGUGCAAUACCCAAAUCCCAGUAGUAUUGUGGCUUACCUGCACUCCCAGCAUGCAGUGCCAGGUCCCAUAUCCUGUUUUGCUGAGCAUUGCAGAAGAUUAACCUAUACACCUGCUAUUGUGCAAGGUUUCCCAUCCUGCUGAUAUAGGUAUCUAAUGACAUUCCAGUUAUUGGUAUGAUUUGUAGGUUUCGUGUGUGUGACUAAUCAUUUCUUCUACAUCAAAUGGAAUUUCAGAAAAACUGUACACAUUUUACAUUAGUCACUCCUUGGGGCAAAGAACCAAAGCACUCUUAUUCUCAUUAUGUAGUUUCUUGUGUGAUCCUUUUGUUUACAGUUGUUGUUUUUUUUUGUGUGUAACAUUUUUUGUUUUACUAAAAUCAUUAAAAGAAUGAUGAUUACCCCUCUGAACAAAUGACAAUAAAAACUAAGUGAAAAAAAAAA